AUGAAGAACACAAUUGAACGUUAUAAGACAGUCACAAAGGAUAAUAUGAGCAGACAGACGGUACAGCAAGAUAUGGAGAAAAUAAAAGCUGAUGCUGAGGGCUUGUCAAAGAAGCUUGAUGCUCUUGAAGCUUGCAAAAGCAAACUUUUGGGUCAAAAUUUGGAAGAAUGCUCUAUUGAAGAACUGCAAAGCUUAGAGGUCAAAAUUGAAAAAAGCCUUCUAGGCAUCAGGGCAAUGAAGACUCGGCGGUUUGAAGAGCAGCUCUCUACGUUGAGGCAGAAGGAGAUGACGUUGCGGCAGCACAAUGAAGAACUAUAUAGCCAGUGCCAGAAGGAACAACACCUUGCGUCGGAGGCGGCGGCGCCCCCUGCUCCGGCGACCUUGGCGGCGCUCCCUGCUCCAGUGACCCUGGAGGAGCAGGGCCAGCAGAUGGUGGAUGUGGAGACGGAUCUAUUUCUUGGACUGCCCGGCACCGGCCGCUCCUGAGAUUCAGGCAGGCUGACAACGCUCGAGAAAAAUGCCCAGAAUAAGCUGGCAAUGGAGUUGCAAGCAGCGGCAGGCAAUGGAUGCGGACGGCCUAUAGAUAUAAUAUAAACCCUGUGCAGCGGAAACCUCGAGACUACAUACAUGAGUUAGUUGUUGUUGUUGCUGUU